UCGUGCAAUUUCCUGUUAGUGGUCACCCCCCCCGGGACACGUUGCCGAGCUGAAUCAGACACUUGAGUCGCUGUUAGCCGUGUGCAGGCGUGGGCGUGGGCGCAGCAGCUUUUUAUUUCUUGUGAAGAUGUCGGGCACGGCUGCUCCAUGCUCCUCGGGGGUCACGUCUGAGCGAGCCCCCCCCAGCUCGGGGAUGUACAAGCUGGAGGUCGAGCUGAGGAGAGGACACAAUCUGGCCGUCAGGGACAGAGGAGGCAGCAGUGAUCCGUAUGUCAAGUUUAAGCUCGCUGGAAAAGAGGUGUUCAGAAGCAAAACCAUCCACAAAAACCUGAACCCGGUGUGGGACGAGAAAACGACUUUAAUAGUGGACUGUCUGAGUGACCCGCUGUAUGUGAAGGUGUUUGACUACGACUUUGGCCUUCAAGACGACUUCAUGGGUUCUGCGUACCUCUACCUCGAGUCCCUCGAGCAGCAGAGGACGAUACCUGUAACUCUGGUGCUGAAGGACUCGCAGCACCCGGAUCAGGACCUGGGCACCCUGGAUCUGGCCGUCACCCUGACCCCUAAAGACAGUCCCAUAGAGGAGCGGAGAGACUCCACCCAGGGACAGGUUAUGAAGUAUCGGUGGAAGCCGUACGUGAAUAAAACCAUGCUGCUCAGGAGGUCCUGGAAACGAUCCACAAAGCAGCAGCAGUCAGUGCGUCUCUCUGAGCUGCAUCGAAAAUCUCAGCUGUGGCGAGGGAUCGUCAGCAUCGCGCUGAUCGAAGGCCGGAACCUGAUCCCCAUGGACCCCAACGGUCUGAGCGACCCCUACGUCAAGUUCAGACUGGGACCCCAGAAAUACAAGAGCAAGACGGUGCCAAAAACCCUGAGUCCCCAGUGGAGGGAGCAGUUUGACCUCCACCUGUAUGAAGAGACGGGGGGGGUGUUGGAGAUCACGGUCUGGGACAAAGACACGGGGAGGAGGGACGACUUCAUCGGACGCUGCCAGUUGGACCUCUCCACCCUGUCCAAGGAGCGAACUCACCACCUGGAGCUGGCCCUGGAGGAGUCCCGGGGCUCCGUGGUGCUGCUGGUCACGCUCACCGCCUCGGCCCACGUCUCCAUCGCCGACCUGUCCGUCACGCCGCUGGACGACCCGCAGGAGCGCCGGGAGAUACUCCGGCGAUACGGCGUGAUGCAGUCGUUCUCUAACUGGAAGGACGUGGGCAUCGUGCAGGUGAAGGUGAUGAGAGCCGAAGGACUCAUGGCUGCAGACGUCACCGGGAAGAGUGAUCCGUUCUGUGUGUUGGAGCUGAAUAACGACCGGCUACAGACUCACACGGUUUACAAGAACCUGAACCCCGAGUGGAACAAAGUCUUCACCUUUAACGUUAAAGACAUCCACUCGGUGUUGGAGGUGACGGUGUUUGACGAGGACAGAGACCGGAGCGCUGACUUCCUGGGAAAGGUGGCCAUCCCGUUGUUACAUGUCCGUAACGGCGAGCGGAAGAGCUACGCGUUGAAGAACAAGGAUCUGACGGGGCCGACUAAAGGAGUCCUCCACCUGGAGAUAGACGUCAUCUACAACACUUUUAAAGCUUCUUUAAAGACGGUUGUCCCUGCAGAGCGGAAAUACAUCGAGGAAGAACCAAAAGUGUCCAAGCAGUUGCUCCAGCAGAACUUUAACCGUGUGAAGAGGUGCAUCAUGGUCCUGAUUAGCUACGGGACAUAUAUCAACAGCUGCUUCGAGUGGGAGUCUGCACAGAGGAGCAUCGUCUCCUUUGUGGUCUUCGUGGUGGUGGUCUGGAACUUCGAGCUCUACAUGUUGCCGCUCGCUCUGCUGCUGCUGCUCGUCUGGAACUACUUCUUCUCCUCGAGCAGAGGAACGGCCGACUCGGCGGAGGCCGUGUUCGACUGGGAGGACGAAGAAGAGGACAAAGAGGACAAGGAGUCAGAGCCCAAGGGCUUCAUGGGUAAACUGUACGCCAUCCAGGACGUGUUCAUCAGCGUUCAGAGCGCCCUGGACGACGUGGCGUCGUACGGCGAGCGGAUAAAGAACACCGCUAACUGGACCGUGCCUUUUCUCAGCUGGUUGGCGAUUGCUGCCUUAUGUUUGGCCACAGUUCUCCUCUUCCUCGUUCCUCUUCGCUACCUGGUGCUGGCGUGGG